AUGACUGGUCGAAUAAAAUUACCAUUUAAAAUAGGUGAAUCAAAAAAGAACAAUGAAUUUGAAAUUAAUGAAACAUCGAAGAAAGAAGAUUUUUCAUUGAGUGAAAUUGUACGUUAUGGUUUUCCUUAUCAACCAUCAGCACUUGCCUAUGAUUCUGUACAAAAACUUCUUGCAAUUGGAACAAAAAAUGGUGUUAUUAAAAUUUAUGGUGGUGCAUUUGUCGAAUGUUCAUUAUCACAUCCAACUGAAGUUGAAAUAGUGCAAUUGGUAUUUCGUAUAAAUGAGGGUGCAUUGAUAAGUGCAUGCCGAGAUAAUUAUAUUCAUUUGUGGAGUUUGCGUCAAAAGAAACCUGUUAUUGCCAAUUCACUUCGAUUUGUUAAGGAAAAAAUCAGUCGAUGUCUUCUUCCUCUUAAUUUUAAUUCCAAAUGGCUUUUUGUUGGUACUUAUGCUGGAAAUGUUUAUGUGGUCAAUCUUGAUACAUUUACACUUUCAUCAUAUAAAAUUAUGUGGAAUAAUGCCAUUGGCAUGGGUAAAAGUACACAUCCAGGUGUAGUUGUUGAUCUAUGUCAAAAUCCUGAUGAUCCAGCACGACUCUAUAUUGGCUUCAGUACACAUUUAUCCUCACCAAAUAAUGUUCCUAUGGGACAUGUUGUGUGUUGGAAUUUACAACAGAAAACAUCUGAAAAUGUUUAUACAUUACAACAAGGUUUAACAUCUAUUUCAUGGCAUUAUGAAGGUCGACAAUUUAUGUGUUCACAUUGUGACGGUUCAUUAUCAUUUUGGAAUUUACGAUCUAUUGAUAAACCUGUUAACAUUAAUUAUCCACAUCUUCGUAUUUCAAAAGAUGAAGCACAUCAAUUUGGUGAAAUAUCAAAAGUUGUUUGGAAUUAUGUUAAAAAUUCAAAUGAUGCAUAUAUUAUUUUUUCUGGUGGAAUGCCAGUUCAAAUUGAUUCACAACAAAUUCCAUCGACUAAUACUACUGUUAAUGUACCACUGUAUAAACCAUCAUCUGAUUUUUUGACUAUUCUUCGUGGUCAAACAAUUAAUGUGCUUAAUAUGGAUAGUGCUAUUAUUGAUUUUCAUGUUAUAACAGCAUCUCCACAUAUUACUGAUGCACCUGAUCCAUCAGCUAUUAUUGUUUUACUUGAAAAUAAUCUUGUUAUAGUUGAUCUUAAAAGUGAAAAUUAUCCUAUUUUUGAAAGUCUUCAUACAUUAGAUCUUCACGAACCACCUGUGACUUAUUGUGAUUAUAUGACAGACCCAAAUACGAUUCUUUAUCAAAAUCUGCUUCGAUUACAAACCAAACAAACACCAAAACGUCCUUACAGUCAACAGGAAAAUCCAGUAUCAGGUGGUAAAUCUGGUUCGACUAUAUUUGGAUACAACGAACUUAUUAUAACUGGUCAUGCAGAUGGUUCAAUUAAAUUUUGGGAUGCAUCUGGUUGUAAUCUUUCAUUUCUAUAUAAAUUAUGUACAAAUCGUUUAUUUAUUCGUACAUCAUUAACAAAUCCCUCAUCUUCGUCAUCAAAUAAAAAAGAUCUCAAUGCAAAUAUUAAAUUCGAUACAAGACUACCACGGGCAAAUAACAGUAUAGGUGAUGAAUCAAUUCAACAACAAAUAAAUACAAUGUAUUUAUCAGAUGAAUUAAAUGGUUAUGAAUAUCCAUUUGCAAUAUAUUCAAUAAAAGUUUGUUGUGAUGGAAAAUAUUUAAUAGCUGCUGCACUUGGUGGUCACGUUACAUUAUUUAAAUUUACUGGUUCUGAGUUAGAUAAAGCUGACGAAGGUUUAGGAGAUUUAUCAUGGAUAGAAAUUCCAAUUUUACAUGGAAAUUCAUCAAAUGAUCAUAACGAUUCAAAUACAAGUGGAAAUUUAUCAUCGACAACUGAUUUACAAUCACCGUUAUUAAAACCAAAUACAGAAAAAAAAGACUUUAAAAGUUUACUUCGAGCAAAAAUGGGUUCUCGUCGAAUGGCUGGUUAUCAACCUGAGCUUGUUUGUCUUUUAUCAUGGUUACCAAGUGAUAAAAUACCUGUUUUAAGUGAUAUUUCAAUUAAUUCAAAAUUUGGAUUGUUAAUACUUGGAUUAGAGAAUGGUCUUGUUGUUAUUGAUUAUUUAAGUAAAUCUAUUUUAAUGAAUAUGGCUACUGCUGACCUUUAUGGUACAAUGGAUCCAUUUCAACGAACAAUAAUGUCUCCAAAACGUCAUGGUACUUCAAAUGAUAUCAAUAAUGAUGAGCCAAUGUCUUCAGAUCAUCAACGAUCACUACUAAGUCAUCCAGCGACAGCUGAACCAAGAUUAUCAAAAAACCCUUUUAUAUUUUCUACUACUGGACCGAUGUCAAAUAAACUUCGUGCAAAAGCAUCAAUUCAAACUCCGACUCAAGAUACGCCCAGUGAAAACUUACAAAAAUCAUUAGUUCGUUCACGAUCAACCGAGUCAAUACAUGGUGAUGAUAAAAUAACAGGAUCACAUUUAACUGGCGGAAGAACUAGUGUUUCAGGUCCUCAUGAAGAAAAACCACUAAGUAUAACAACAUUAUCAAAAACAAUCCAUACACUUCGUAAACGUUUAUCACGUCCAGCACAUCAUAAUAAACAGGAAACUGUCACUAAUCGUAAAAGUUCAUAUCACAAUGAAAAAGAUAAUACUGUAAAAGGUGGUGGUGAUGAUAGUGGAUCAAGUAGUGCCGGUGAAGAAUUAAGUCCAUCAUCAUUUACAGACAUACCAACACCAAAUCCAAAUGUAGCACCAAUUACUCCUGCACCAGCAACAGCAUUGAAAGUACAUCGAUCAUAUCCAUUAGAAAAAACAUCCUCAAUAAUAACACCACCACCAUUAACUACAAUUGAGUCCCGUGAGACUGAUGAUGAUAGUAAAGCUAGUAAAGAAAAUACAAAUCUAUCAAAAACUUGGGCACCAUCAACAUUUACACGUGCUCAAUUACAUGGUACAUGUUCACUUGAAUACACUGAACAUAUGCGAGAUAAGUCUCAUAAACGAAAAGCACAUAUGAUCGAUUUGCGUAAAGAUGAUGUUUAUCAUCAUCAACAAUCAACCCCAAUAACACAUUCAAAUAAAUCAACGGCUAUUGAUCUUCCACGUUCAGCAAGUGUUUCAAGUCUGGAUAAGAUUAUUUUAAAUGAAAGUAUAUGUGCUAUACAAUUUUCCGAAUCAUUCACUUAUAAAAAUGAUUUUACUCUUUCACCAAGUGUUUGGCUUGGUACAAGUACAGGUUGUGUACUUGUUAUUAAUUUAAAUAUAAUUUAUGAGCCUCGAAAUAUAAGUGUUGUACCCAGUGGAAGUGUAUUUCGUUUGAAUGGUCGUUUAUUACAUAUUUCAUUUCUUGAUCAUAAGGGAGUUAUAAUACCACCUCCAAGUGAAAAAUGGGAUACAAAAAAAAUAAAAACUAAUCGACCAACAGAUAGUGCACAAGAUUUAAAUGCAUCAUCAAUAUUACCAACUAGUAAUUUAAUGUCUUCCCCAGUUACAAGCACUCCGUCAAAUAAUAAUAUACAAUAUGCUGUUUUUUGUUCAUCAAAACAAGCUCGAGUUGUUGCAUUACCAUCACAAACUUGUGUAUCAAAGCAAAAAAUUUAUGAUUCACAUAGUGCAUCCGCAUCAAAUGUAUUCCGAGCAACUGUUGUUAAAAUAGCAGGUUCUUCUUGUUUAACAUGUUAUUUAUCUGGUGGUCGUAUACAUGUGUAUAGUUUACCUAGUUUACGUGAAUUAUUUGUUACAAAUCUUGAUAUAGUUACUGAUUCAUUCAGGUCCUUGGUUGCAACAACAUGUACAUUUACUGAUCGAGGUCAUGCAUUUUUUAUGUGUUCACCAACAGAAAUUCAAAAACUCAGUAUUGCUUCAGAUGUUAAAGAACAAGUCAACGAAAUGAUUUGCGAAUUGUAUGAUCCAUCAGUAGCAAUGCCUGAAGCACCAAAACAAAACUUUUUUGCUAAAAUUUUUGCUUCAAAUUCAUUUAUCGAUUCAGAAGAAUUAUUUGGUGAAGCCGCUGGUACAGCAUCAUUUGGUAUUGUUAAAAAAGAAGAUGUUAAUGCUAAUAUGAAUCGAAUGCAUGGUAAUGUUGAUUCAGCUACUAGUGUUGUCAAUGAAACACGAAAUAAAUUAAUUGAACGUGGUCAAAAAUUAAGUGAAGUUGAAAUGGCAUCAAAGCAAUUGAGUGAAAGUGCUGAAGAAUUUGCUACUUUAUCACAUAAAAUUAUGUUAAAACAAAAAGAAAAAGCUGAAUGGUGGCCAUUUACAUCAAAGAAAUCGUGA